GGUAUAAUCUGCAAAAUCAGAAAUUAUGAGUGUUGUAAAAUCAAAGCUUGCCGCAAAACAUCUUUAGCGCUUGCGCAGUGCGUGAAGAGAAAAUGGCGGCCAAGUUGAAAAGAUUUUCGCGCCAGCAUUUGACAUUCCUGUCAUAUUUCGUUUGUUCAGGCGUUUUUGACGGGCAACUGGUAACUUGGCUUUAAAAAAACACAUCUAUCUGUUCGGGGAUUAGUGUAUCGAUCUGUUGAGUGUAGCUGUGUAGCCGGGGUAGGGGAUAGUGGUUAUGUUGAGCUGUCUGCUGGUGUACAGGAAAGUCUGUGUGAUCAGAUCAUUUCUGACAACAACAAGAACGACGACAUCGCUCCUGAGAACAAUGGCCGGCCGGACACAGAAAGUUCUGAAUGUCGCAGAGAAAAACGACGCUGCAAAGGCGAUAGCAGACGUUCUGUCUAAUGGCAGAUACCGCAGGAGAGAAGGCUUCUCCAAGUUCAACAAGAUCUACGAUUUUGAGUUCAACAUUCUGAACAAGCAGAGUUCCAUGUUCAUGACCUCUGUGUCAGGUCACCUGCUGGCACUGGACUUCAAGGGCAGCUACCAAAAGUGGCACAGUUGUCAGCCCGUGGCCUUGUUUGAUGCAGCUGUGGAGAAAUACUGUCCUGAUCAGUUUAAGGACAUCAAGCGGACGUUAGAGCGGGAGGCGCGGCAGUGCCAGGUGCUGGUUAUCUGGACGGACUGUGAUCGUGAAGGAGAGAACAUCGGGACGGAGGUGAUCGAUGUUUGUAAGGCGGUCAAACCAAACAUCAGAGUUUACCGUGCCCGCUUCUCUGACUUCACACCUCAGUCGAUAUCAGCAGCCUGUCGCAACCUCGGCCAGCCAGACUACCGGUCAUCAGACGCCGUGAACGUCCGGUCAGAGCUGGAUCUCAGAAUAGGCGCUGCCUUCACACGAUUCCAGACUCUCAGGCUGCAGAAGAUAUUUCCCAAUGUCCUGAGUGAUCAGGUCAUCAGCUAUGGCAGUUGUCAGUUCCCCACGCUAGGUUUCGUCGUGGAGCGGUACAAGGCAAUACAGAACUUUAUCCCAGAGACGUUCCACAAAAUCAAGGUCUCCCAUGAGACAGAGGACGGCAGGGUGGACUUCAACUGGAAACGUAACCGUCUGUUCAGCCAUACAGCAUGUCUUGUCCUGUACCAGAUUGUGAUGGAAAACCCACUGGCCAGGGUGGUCAGUGUCAACAGUCGUCCCAAGAGCAAAUGGCGACCGCAGCCGUUGGAGACAGUGGAGCUUGAGAAGCUGGCAUCUCGGAAGCUAAGGAUCAACGCCAAGGAAACCAUGAAGAUAGCAGAGAAGUUGUACAACCAGGGAUACAUCAGCUACCCUCGUACCGAGACCAACAUGUUCUCCAAGGACAUGGACCUGCAGGGCCUGGUGCAGCUGCAGACAGUGGACCCAGACUGGGGAGGGUUUGCUGCAGGAGUGCUGCAGAGGGGACCCAACCCACGCAACGGCACCAAGACUGACAACGCUCAUCCUCCCAUUCAUCCCACCAAAUAUACAGAUAACCUACAGGGCAAUGAGAAGAGACUGUAUGAGUUUAUCGUUCGGCACUUCCUGGCCUGUCUAUCUCAAGAUGCACAGGGGCAGGAGACCACAGUAGAGAUAGACAUCAAUGGAGAGAAGUUCACUGCACAAGGCCUGAUGAUCAUUGCCAGGAACUACCUGGAUGUUUACCCAUAUGACAAGUGGAAUGCUAAGGUGAUCCCAGUCUUUAACCAAGGAGAAACCUUCCAGCCUUCAGUCAUUGAGAUGACCCAGGGACAGACCGGCCCUCCCCCCUUGCUGACUGAAGCUGAUCUGAUUGCUCUGAUGGAUAAACAUGGCAUUGGCACAGAUGCCACCCAUGCUGAACACAUAGAGACUAUCAAGUCCAGGAUGUAUGUGGGAGUCCAACAGGAUGGCAGAUUUGUACCUGGGGAGCUUGGCAUGGGGCUGGUGGAAGGCUAUGAUGCCAUGGGUUAUGAGAUGUCCAAACCUCACCUGAGGGCUGAGCUAGAGGCUGACCUGAAGCUCAUCUGUGAAGGAAGGAAAGACCCUAAAGUGGUGCUAGCAGAGCAGGUACAAAAGUACAAGGAGGUGUUCGUUGAGGCUUGUGCCCAGGCCAUGAAAUUAGACGAGGCUCUGGGAACCUACUUUGGAGAAGCACAACCUUUUGUAGAACAAGAUAUGAACCCAGCCCAGGUGUCCCCUCCCAUACGCCCCUGUCCACAGUGUGGGGAGAGCAUGGUCAUCAAGACACGCAAGGACGGCGGCCUGAUGCUGAGUUGUAUGGGUUAUCCUGGCUGCCGAGCUGUUGUCUGGUUCCCUGCUGGCGUCCUGGAGGCAACCUGUGAUGAAGCAGUCUGUACAAGGUGUCAGCCUGGUCCAGUCCACAAGGUCAAGUUUAAAUUCAAGAGGGGAUCUGUUCCUCCCAUGAUUCCUCUGGAGUAUGUAGGCUGUAUUGGUGGUUGUGACGAGACAGUACGUGAGCUGUUCAACCUGAACUAUCUCAGACCUCAGCCACAGCAGCAACAGCCACGUGGUGGGGGUGGGGCUGGUAGAGGUCAACCUGUCCAACCUAGCCGCGGAGGAACUGGAAGAGGGAGGGGCAACGGCAGAGGGAACGGCCCAUCCCCUCCAAGAGGUGGUGGAAACAAUAAUGGUCCGUUUCCUCCAAGAGGAGGCAGUGGCAAUGCCAGGGGGAAUCAGAGGGGGAGUAAUGAUAGAGGGAACAACAGAGGCGGAGGCAACAGCAGAGACUUUCACACCGGUAACCAGAGCAAUAUGGGCUUUCUGGGUGUUGGAGGCUCUGGACGCACUCCCCUGGCAGCCGUGCAAAGUGCUGGUGACGGUAAUGCUGUGGUGUGUAUCUGUGGGCAGAAUGCCAGAUUACUGACUGUCAGGAAGGAGGGGAACAACUGUGGUCGACAGUUCUACAAGUGCAGCCGUAUGGACCAGCCGUGUGACUUCUUCCUCUGGGCAGAUGAUAACCCCCCAUCAGCAGGGGACUCCUUCAGCGGGGGUGCCAACACUUCUUACAACAGUACCUACAAUGCCAGAGGGGGUGGUGGUAACAGCACCUUCAACAACCAGCGAGGAUUUGGAGGUCGACAGAGCCACUCGUCGGGUGAUGGGUUUGGAGGAGAUGGUUUUGAUGGAGAUGUCCCACAAUGUAACUGUGGCCAGCCCAGCGUGACGAGAACGGUGCAGAAGGAAGGCAACAACAAAGGCAGACAGUUCCACACCUGUGCCAAGCCCAUGGGAGAGCAGUGUGGCUACUUCCAGUGGACAGAUGCACCUGAUAACAGGGCGGCAGGAGAUGGCUUCAGAGGUACUUAA